AUGAACGGUAUCAUUCAUCAAUGCUCUCACCCGAAUGACGUGGAUGCACAUUAUCGCAUAUCGGAAGAGAAAAUCUUUAUUGAUAUUUUUAACUAUAUCGAUCAUCUGUUCACUAAAAUAAAACCUAAAAAAUUAUUCUUUAUGGCCGUUGAUGGAGUGGCACCACGGGCCAAGAUGAAUCAGCAACGAUCGCGGCGGUUUAGAACUGCUAAAGAGGCUGCGGAUGCCAUUGCAAAGGCAAAAGCGAAAGGAGAGGAGUUACCUAAGGAACCACCGUUUGAUAGUAAUUGUAUUACGCCAGGCACGCUGUUUAUGAAAAAAUUGUCACUUCAACUCGAAUACUUUGUGCAUAAGAAAGUUUCGGAGGAUGCGAAUUGGCGUAACGUGGAAGUAAUAUUAUCAGGGCACGAAGUUCCCGGUGAGGGAGAACACAAAAUCAUGGAAUACAUUCGAACGGCAAAGGCACAGCCCGAUUACAACCCGAACGUAAGGCACUGCUUGUAUGGGUUGGAUGCGGAUUUGAUUAUGCUUGGGCUAUUAAGCCACGAUCCACAUUUUGCCCUCCUUAGAGAGGAGGUUACUUUUGGUCCAAGAAAGAAAAAGAAAGGAGGAGUAGAAUCACAGAACUUUUAUUUAAUGCACAUUUCUCUUCUGCGCGAGUACUUGGAUCUCGAAUUUUCAGCCUUACGAGACCUUCUUCCGUUUGAUUAUGAUUUGGAGAGAAUCAUUGACGACUUUGUUUUACUCGCGUUAUUCAUCGGAAAUGAUUUUGUACCACAUUUACCUAAAUUGCACAUUGCAGAAGGGGCAUUGGGUCUAAUGUUUAAAGUCUAUAAACGAAUUCUACCGGAAGCAGGCGGGUAUAUUAAUGAUGGCGGCACUUUAGAUAUGGAGAGAUUAGAACUUAUGUUCAAGGAAUUAUCGCAAUUCGAGCGAGAAGUUUUUGAGAAUGACCAUGAUGACUCUAAAUGGUUCAAGGGAAAACGGAAACCCGUUUUAAAUGAAGUGGAUAUAGAAGCAUCAAAAAGAAGCAAUGGAUUUGAAAUGACACCGAAGCAGCGCGAAAUAUAUCAGCAAAUAAAAACUUUUGUAAUAUCCAAAGACCAAGAGGCUCUUCACUUUCCCCCUGAUUAUCCGGCAAGGGACAGGAAAUUUAUCCAAAAUCUGGCGGCUGAUUUAGGUAUUCGUCACGCUAUUGAAUACCACGAAGUAAAUAACGAAAAGCAUGUAUACGUCGAAUUUAACUCGGACAGUGAAGACGAGGAUGACUCACGGGAGGGAGUUUGGAAGAAAUAUGAGGAAGCAGACAUUGUAGAUGAUUCACAAAUAAAUACAGAAGCAAUUGAGAAGCAGAAAUAUGAAGAGAGGUUUGACAAAUGGAAGAAGGACUAUUAUCUUACGAAGAUGGGUCUGGAUUAUGAUGACAGCGAACAAAUGUACCAACUUGUUCGCUCAUAUAUAGAGGGAUUACAGUGGGAUCUGGUCAGGUUCAAAGAUUUGAAAUUUGAACUUGGUCAACCAUUUAGACCAUUUGAGCAGCUAAUGGGAGUUUUACCCGAAGGCAGCAAAACUUUAUUGCCGAUACCUCUCCAGGAUUUGAUGGUCAAUCCAAAUUCACCAAUUAUAGACUUUUAUCCGAAAGACUUUGACACAGACAUGAACGGAAAGAAAGCAGAUUGGGAAGCUGUUGUCAAAAUUCCGUUCAUAGAUGAAGAAAGAUUAAUUGAAGCUUUGAAAGGAAAAGAGCACUUACUGACCAAAGAAGAGAAGAAAAGAAACAGUUUCAAGGAGAGUCAGAGAUUCGUCUUUGAUGAAAACGUGUCAGGAAGAUAUCCUUCGCCAACGCCAGGUCGAUUCCCAGAAAUUAAUAUUCGAUGUCGAGUCGAGACAUACAAUCUCCCUGUUGUCAAGAACGUGGAACUUGUUAAAGGACUUUGUGACGGAGUACAGCUUGGGGCUAAAGCUAUGGCCGGAUUUCCAUCUUUGGAGACUAUUCCUCAUAGUGGCGAAAUUAAGAAACACGGUGUUAAUGUCUUCAAUUCCGAGAGCAGAAACGAGACUAUUGUUAUCACUCUAUACAAUGUGUAUGAAAAUGUAGAAACUAAAGCAAUUGCCCAAGAAAAGAUUGGCAAAAGGAUAUUUGUUGGGUGGCCGUUUUUGCAAGAAGGUCUCGUGAGUGCGAUAUCAGAUUCAAAUGUCCGAUACGAGUUGUCUACUCAAGCGGACGGAACAACCGAAAUUAUUGAGAAAAGACAUAAAGCAGAUAAUACUGAGCAAUGGAAAAGGAGAGCGGGCAAGCUGGAACACGAGUAUAGCAAAAAAAGGGGGACUAUUAUUGGAACUGUUAACGUAUUGGUUCACGUGAGAAUGCUGAAAGGUCUGAAGCACAAGGAUGAUGGAUCUCUAGUUAAAGAAUAUUUACCUCCAGAUCAGGAGUCAGACUACGCUAUGCAAACUGUAGUCGAAAAUGUCGAAUGCGAGGAUGCGAGGUAUGCCGAACAGCCCGCUCAACCUAUCUCGGAAGAAUUUCCGCGGUUCACGGAAGUAUUCUUUUUGGGGAAUGUCAACUACGGAUGCCCUGCUUGUGUGGUUGGACAAUCGAAGAAAUCGCUUGCGGUCCAAUUGGCUGCUCCAGCCCAUUCUGGAGAUGAUCAUGUAUUUGGCUUGGAAGUGGCUAAUCAGUUUCACAAACGGGUUCAAUAUCAUCAUUCGUAUAACGUGGCGAAAAAACUUGGCAUAAGCGGGUUGGCACUGAGCAAGCUAACAUCAAGCUUGCAUGUGAUUUGCGAACAGCAUCGUGUCAAUCUGGGUCUGAACUUGAAGUUUGAGGCGAAGAAGCAGAAAGUCCUGGGUUAUACACGGAAGGCAGUAGAGGGAGGAUGGGACUAUAGUGAUAAAGCAAUUGAAUUGGUAGCAGAAUACAAGAGAAAGUUUCCAGAAUUUAUUGCGGCCCUAGAAAGUAAACACAAAGAUGAAAUCUAUCGUGCGGAAGAUUUCUAUCCUCAAGAUGUCGCAUCAGCGAAGAUACAUGAAAUUAAAACAUGGUUGAACACGGUUGAAGUCAGCGAUCUCGAGAGGGUAUCGCUUGAUGCGGAGCAGUUGGAUAAGGAAGCAAUAGCUGAGAUUGAAAAGCGCGCAGAACAGUUUGUAUGCCAUGAAAAUGAUUUCAAAAAAAUUGUAGUCAAGAAUAUUCCACGGCAGGCUUUACUCAAACCAUCACAUGCCGCCAAUCGCCUGCAGGAUCAAGUAUUCCGUCUGGGUGAUCGAGUCGUGCAUGUGCAAGAUUCGGGAAGCGCACCUAUUGCAGCUAAGGGUGUUGUCAUUGGAAUUGAUAAUAAUAACAUUGAUGUUGUAUUUGAUGUUUCUUUCAUAAGCGGAACUACGCUAGGCGACAGAUGUUCACCGUAUCGCGGUAUGACGGUGCUCAACUCUUCCUUGUUAAAUCUUUCAUAUCGUCAAUAUGGACCCAAGUAUGGACGACAAGCUGACCAGCGAGCAAAAUCCUCUGAGGUUGGAAGAGCUCAAUCCAAUAUGAACCAUUCGCGCGGCAAUAAUGCUACACAUGGUCGUGGCAAUCAAUCGCACAACAAACAAGUAGCCAUAGCCCCACGUGCACGCGGAGCACCAGUCGGCGGCAUUAAUGGACGUGGAUACGUCAACGGACAUGCGCAUCCAAAGUCUUCUGCCGACGGUGUGUAUAAUCGAUCCCGACCAUACAGUCAGCAAGGUAAUUUCAGUAGAUUUGGGAAUGCGCAUUUCCAUGAUCAAUUUAGUCAUCGCGGUGGAUAUGGUGGGUCACGUAAUGUUCCAGGAUUUGUUCCGGGUGGGCGUGGUGCUUCUGGACAUAACCAGAGAGGGAAUGGUCGUGGUGGAACGUUCCCUAAUAAUGCACCGCAUCGUGGAAGAGGCCGAAGUUGA